CCCUGCCUGGCCCGGCUGGGGAACUGGGCCGGGAGGGGGCAGCGGGGCUCCCAGGCACGUGGGUCUCUGCGGCGGCGGCUGGACGCGGGCACUGGCACCCGGGAGCGGCGGCGACGGCACCCCGGGCAGAGGAGCGCAGCGCGGUGAGGAGAGGGCACAAGACUUCUACAGGACCAAGCCUGAACCCUGUAGCUUGGGAUUUAAGGCCUCUGAUAACUGGGGCCUACCAAUCUUUCCAGCCACCUCUCCCACCUGAGUCUUCACCUUGCAGUAGCUGCCUGUUGUCUCUCAUUUCUUGCCCCUGGCCUACUGCAUAUUCUAUACUCCCUGCCUGAUAAGCCCUCCUACUCCUUCCUCAACUGGAGAACUACCCAGACUUGGGACCCAGCUCAGAUGUCCCCUCCUCUGGCAAGCCUCCCUUGAUCCCCCCCAGCUGCAUUGGAGCCUCUUCUAGGCCCCUAGAGUCCUGGUGCUGACAGCCCUGGUCCCACCUGGACUGUCAUGCUCUAUGUGUGCCUCCUCCUUUCCUCUUUGCAGGUCUAGGGGCUCCUGGAGGGCAGAAACUGGAUUUGACUCAUUUCUGUGUUGCCAGCACCCUGCACAGGGCUGAGCUGAACUGAGGGAACAGCAGGUUUCUAACCCCAGCUUCUCCAGUAAAGGCUUGGCCGCAGAGGUGCUCCAUGCCACUACAAAGAAGGGCAAACCAGAAUCUGGUUAUCAAAGUGGGUGGCACAGGUUGCCAGAACAGUGUGAUCUGGGACACCAUAGGACCCAGAGUGCCCAGGCUAAAGACCUAGAUUUUAUCCUGAAGGCAAUAGGGAGCCAUGAAAAUUUAUGAGCAGAGGAGAUUCACAGUCAGAGUUGCAUUUCAGAAAGAGCUCUCUGGCUGCAGGAUGGAGAAUGGAUCAAGAAGUGCCAAGGGCAGGAGGUCAGGGCGUGUGUGACGUUGACACUAGAACCAUCCCAGGGGUUGUUUAAACUCUUAAUUGAGCCCUUGCCCCUUGGCCAAACACUUUUCCCUGAGCCUUCAGAUGCUCCUGCUGGGGGAUUUGGGGACCUGCAAUUGAUCUCGUCCCAGCUCUGCUCCCAGCUUGUUGGAUGACCAGUUCCUGCCCUGCCAGGCUCUUAAAAAAGGCCAGAACAAGAAACCACAUGACUGCAGUGUGAAAGCUGAACAGACCUGGCAGGGGUGGAGGCUCGGAGGACAGUGAGGAGGCUGGUGCUGUGGGCUGUGGGAGCACAGGCCUCAGGCUGCAGCGCAGGGACCAUGUGGUGCAUGUCCAAGGAACUUCACUGGUUGAACUGAUAGGACUUGGAGCCUCUUGGGGCAGCAGCACGGCCUGCCCAGAAAAAUGUUGGAGGCUGGGCGUGGCCCCAGGCCUGGGGACCUGUUUUUCCUGUUUCCUGCAGAGUUCCCUGCAGCCCGGUCCAGGCGUGUGCAUUCAUGAGUGAGGAAUCCGAGCAGGCGCUGAGCAUCCUGACCUGGAGAGCAAGGGCUGGUCAGGGUGAUGGCAGCAGACCUGGACCCCUGGAAUGGCACCAUCAAUGGCACCUGGGAUGGGGAUGAGCUGGGCUACCGGUGCCGCUUCAACGAGGACUUCAAGUACGUGCUGCUGCCUGUGUCCUACGGCGUGGUGUGCGUGCUUGGGCUGUGUCUGAACGCCGUGGCACUCUACAUCUUCUUGUGCCGCCUCAAGACCUGGAAUGCCUCCACUACCUAUAUGUUCCACCUGGCUGUGUCUGAUGCACUGUAUGCGGCCUCCCUGCCGCUGCUGGUCUAUUACUACGCCCGCGGCGACCACUGGCCCUUCAGCACGGUGCUCUGCAAGCUGGUGCGCUUCCUCUUCUACACCAACCUUUACUGCAGCAUCCUCUUCCUCACCUGCAUCAGCGUGCACCGGUGCCUGGGAGUCUUACGCCCUCUGCGCUCCCUUCGCUGGGGCCGGGCCCACUAUGCUCGCCGGGUGGCUGCGGGUGUGUGGGUGUUGGUGCUGGCUUGCCAGGCCCCCGUGCUCUACUUUGUCACCACCAGCGCUCGCGGAGGCCGUGUGACCUGCCACGACACCUCGGCGCCCGAGCUCUUCAGCCGCUUCGUGGCCUACAGCUCAGUCAUGCUGGGCCUGCUCUUCGCGGUGCCCUUUGCCGUCAUCCUCGUCUGUUAUGUGCUCAUGGCUCGGCGGCUGCUAAAGCCAGCCUACGGGACCACGGGCGGCCUGCCUCGGGCCAAGCGCAAGUCCGUGCGCACCAUCGCCGUGGUGCUGGCUGUCUUCGCCCUCUGCUUCCUGCCCUUCCACGUCACCCGCACCCUCUACUACUCCUUCCGCUCGCUGGACCUCAGCUGCCACGCACUCAACGCCAUCAACAUGGCCUACAAGGUCACCCGGCCACUAGCCAGUGCCAACAGUUGCCUUGACCCCGUGCUCUACUUCCUGGCUGGGCAGAGGCUCGUCCGUUUUGCCCGAGAUACCAAACCACCCACUGGCCCCAGCCCCGCCACCCCGGCUCGCCGCAGGCUGGGUCUGCGCAGAUCCGACAGAACUGACAUGCAGAGGAUAGAAGAUGCGUUGGGCAGCAGUGAGGACUCAAGGCGGACAGAGUCCACGCCGGCUGGUAGCGAGAACACUAAGGACAUUCGGCUGUAGGAGCGGAACACUUCCGGCCUGCGCAGGUUUAUAUUGAGAAGAUGUAAGGGACCAGGAAUUGUGCAGAGGGCACGGUCUCCCCAGAUAUGGACCAUCAGUGACUCAUGCUGGAUGACCAAGGAAGCCAUGACCCCAUGCGCUGUCAUUUGGCAGGGGAUCAGGAUAUUCUCCAGAGUCAGCUGUUCCCAUAAGCCCUAGUCAUUAUUUGUGUGUAUGAGUUGGGGUAAUUAAGUUUCAAGAAAGGUGAGAGUUGAAAGUCAGUGACACUCCUGGCCUGACUCCCACACAAAUACCUGGCUGUACUGCCAAGGUACCUAGGUAGGAGUUCAGCCUAAUUAAGUCCAAUGGAGAAACAGGCCCCGAGAGGAAGGUGGCUUACCAAGGUCACAUACCAGUCUGGAGCUGAGCUACCUGGGGUGGGGGCCAAGUCACAGGUUGGCCAGAAAGCCCUGGUAAAUAGUGAGGGCUGAGUUCGCACAGUGGUCUGGAAUGAACUGGGUGUCACGGUGGACUCAGCUCUGAGGAGUACCCCCAGCCCAAGAGAUGAACAUCUGGGGACUAAUGUCAUAGACCCAUCUGGAGGCUCCCAUGGGCUGGGAGCCAGUGUGAGGCUGUAACUUAUACUAAAGGUUGUGUUGCCUGCUGA